UACCCAAUAAGAAAAAAUACAAGGGAUCAUGGAUAGAAAAAUUAAAGUAGCUCUGCUCGCGGUUUUAGCAGUGUCGCUUGAGUUUUCCAGCGCAGCUGCACAGUACUGUGACAUUCGGAGCUGUGGCAAUAGGCAAACCCUUUGCAGGUUUCCUAAUGCCGGUCCCUCGUCCAGAUGCACCAGGUUCCAAGGAUCCGGAUUGUCGAAUGCUUAGAAGCGAGAUAUUCUCAAUUUACAUAAUCAGCUGAGACGCAAUGUGGCAAGUGGAAACGAAAAAAGGGGAAGCCCUGGGCCACAACCGGCUACCAAGUAUAUGCCGAACUUGCAAUGGGACAAUGAAAUCGCAGCAGUAGCGCAGAGAUGGGCCGAUCAGUGCACUUGGGAUCAUGAUACCUGCAGAAACGUUGCACGCUUCUCUGUGGGACAAAACAUCGCAUGGAGGGGAACUACCGGCAACGUCAACAAUAUCGUCGUCACGGAUAUGGUUCAGUCGUGGUACAACGAGGUGAAGUAUUUCAGCAGAAAUCUAGUCGCCAGUUACAACGGCAAAGGAGCUAACGGACAACGGGUCGGGCAUUACACCCAACUGGUCUGGGCUAAGACUACCCACCUUGGCUGCGGUGCUACGAAGUACUUCGAUGGACAGUACAACAGAUUCUUCCUUGUAUGCAAUUACGGGCCUGCCGGCAAUUAUCCCGGACAACCACUGUAUCAAGCUGCCUAAUUUCAAAAUCACUGCCAAUUUAACGUUUCCAAAUUUGUAAUACUGCAAAUAAUAAAUUAUUAAAAAAAUUAACGCACUGACCAAA